AUGGAGGCUGAUUGGAUAGGACUACCUAGGUACAGUGAAGCAUAUGUCAGUGGGAUUCAAGCAUUUGUGGAAAAUGCGUUUCCCCUUUUUUCCGUAGGUGAAGAAAUGAAGUGCCCCUGCAAGAAAUGUAAUGGUCAAUAUUGGCAUCGUCAGGAUGUGAUUUAUGAUCAUCUCAUUUGCAGAGGGCCUUCCGCUUUACAUGUCCAAUGGAUAUAUGAUGUCUCGCAAAAGAAAGUCGAAAAUAGUACCGCAAAUAUAGGUUCUGACUUUAUGGAUUGCGAAACGGGGUAUGAUUUUGGUGAUAAUUUAGAAGCAAUGGGGAAGAUGUUUGAGAAUUUAGACGAUGGACCAGAUACGGAGGCUAAAAAGAUUUAUCGGCAUCUGAAAGAGGGAAAACAACCACUCUAUCCCGGCUGCAAGAAAUUUUCUCGUUUAAGUUUUAUGAUCAGGCUUUACCAUUUAAAAUGUAGUCAUGGAAUUAGCAAUUCUGCUUUUGGGGAAUUAUUGGGGUUGAUAAAGGAUGCUUUCCCCGAAGCAAAUAUGCCUUUGUCCUUCAAUGCUGCGAAGGACAUGAUUAGGGACUUGGGCCUUCAUUACGAGAAAAUACAUGCUUGUCCCAAUAGUUGCAUGUUGUAUUGGGAAGCAAAUAAAAAUAAACAAGUCUGUGAUAUUUGUGGGGUAUCUAGGUGGGUUAUACAAGAGAAGAAAGGGUCUGCCCAUAAUAACGAUCCAGAGAAGUUAGUUACUAAAGUGCCAGCAAACAUUAUGAGAUAUUUUCCACUAAAGCCUAGGCUACAAAGAUUGUUCCUGUCCAAGGAAUCUUCCAAAUUGAACACAUGGCAUGCAGCGGGAAGGACGAAAGAUGGGAAACUAAGGCAUCCGGCGGACGCCGAAACUUGGAAGACAAUGGAUGCUAUGUAUCCUGAUUUUUCUUCGGAAAUUCGAAAUAUUUCACUAGGUGUAGCUGCUGAUGGAUUUAAUCCAUUUCGUUCUAUGAAUUUAAGUCAUAGUACAUGGCCAAUUCUACUUGUAAACUACAACCUCCCACCUUGGCUCUGCAUGAAACAGGAAAAUUUGAUUCUUUCAACGUUAAUAUCGGGACCAGAAUCUCCAGGAAAUAGUAUCGAUGUCUAUAUGCAGCCUUUGAUUGCCGAAUUGAAAGAAUUAUGGGAUGUCGGCAUCCAAACAUAUGAUGCCUUGACUGAUCAUAACUUUAAUUUACGGGCAAGGAAAUAUCUCGAUCCUUCACACAAAUGGAGGUUUGACAAGAAAAGAUUCAAUGGGCAGAUUGAAACGAGGCAGAUUCCGGAUCCAUUAACGGGAAAGGAUAUCGAAGAAUUGUUGUUUGGGUUUGAAAAUCAAUUUGGGAAGAAACGCAAGGGAAUGGGAAAUAGAAAGCGUAAAAUCGACUCUCCUUUCAAAAAGAGGUCAAUAUUUUUUAAUUUGUCAUAUUGGAAACAUGUUCAACUUCGACACAAUCUUGACGCUAUGCACAUAGAAAAAAACUUAUGCGACAAUAUAUUAGGUACUUUACUAAAUAUUGGUGGCAUGUCAAAAGACCACUUGGGUGCUCGCUUUGAUUUGCAAGAAAUGGGAAUAAGGAAGUCACUUCACCCUGUUAAAGGUGCAGAUGGAGAGACUUACGAGAUUAUGGCAUCCAUCUUUGACAUGACAGAUAAGGAGAAAGAUGUAUUUUGCAAGCUGUUGAAGAAUGUGAAACUGCCUUAUGGCUGUGCUGCUAAUAUAAGUCGUUACGUGCACACAGACGAGAGAAAAGUAGUGGGGUAUAAAAGCCAUGACGCGCAUUUUAUCCUCCACUACUUGUUACAAUUUGCUGCAAAGAAAUCACUAAAACCUGAGGUGGCAAAGCCGUUGAUCAAAUUAAGUGAAUUUCUUAGAGGCUUAUGGAGCAAGGUGAUUGUCUUGGAUGAUAUUGAGAGGUUGCAAGAAGAAAUUGUUGAAAUUCUCUGUGAAUUUGAGAUAAUAUUCCCACCUGCCUUCUUUGACAUCAUGGUUCACCUACCUGUCCAUUUGUGUAAUGAAGUUAAAUGCGGCGGACCGGUGCACCUUCGGUGUAUGUAUCCUAUUGAGCGGUAUCUUGCAAAGCUGAAAUCAUAUGUACGUAAUAGGAGCAAACCAGAAGGCUCAAUUGCAGAAGGCUACCUAGCAGAGGAGUGUAUCACAUUUUGUUCAAGAUUUUUGGUUUGUGAAGAAGCAAAAGAAAAUACUGAUUUUGGAAGAUGUCCAACAAAUGUGACGUACCAUAUUGGAACAAGAAGGAAUAAAGAUGGCAAAGUUUUCCAAUUAGAAGAUUCAGAAUGGAAAGCAUGUCAUACGUACACUCUGUUCAAUAGCGGCAAUAAGGAAAUUGAGGCUUUGCUUGAGAUUCAUCGAGCUUCAGUUGAAGCAGAUCAAACUUCAGAACGAUACAAAAAGGAGCAAACACACUCCAAAGAGUUUUGGAGAUGGUUAAAGGUCCAAGUUGAAAAUCUGGACACCAAUUCAACCGAGUUACAAGUGUUAGCAUUAGGUCCCAAUCGAACAGCGAGGAGGUUUAGCGGGUAUUUCAUAAAUGGUUAUCGAUUCCACACAAAGAAGAGAGAUUCUCGAUGCACCACACAAAACAGUGGAGUUUUUUUAACUGCUGAAACCACUAGUUUUGCAAAUUCUAAGGACAAAAAUCCAAUUAUCGGGGAAGUGAACUACUAUGGGUCUAUUGAAGAUAUUUUUGAAGUUGAUUACUGGGGAGUAUUCAGGGUGGUUAUGUUUAAGUGUUGCUGGUACCAAGAAGAAAAAGAUCCCUUUGGUCUGACUAGGGUCAAUUUUAACAAGUCCCGUCACAAAUCUGAUCCUUAUGUUCUUGCUUCACAAGUGCAGCAAGUAUUCUAUGUGGAAGAUCCAAUUGCAAAAUCUGUUCAAUAUGUUAUGAAAAGACUACCAAGGGUUUGGUGUGACGCUGAAGACCAAGAUUUGUUGGAAGAAGAAAACAACCCUCCUGAUAAACAUGAUUCUAAUCUUGAUUUCCAACUACAAAAUCAAGUUGGUGAAUUUAGUUGGUUCAGGGAAGAUAUCCCUAAAAGACAAGUCCCUGUAUCACCAACUUAA